GCAUCCUCAAAAGCAGCCUUCUCCAGGAGAUUUCCCUAAUCAUCUCAGCUAGAAGGAAUCCCUGCCUUCUUCCCUAGGGUCUCAUAGAGCUCUUUGUUCCUUAUGCCCGUCUCCUGGCGCUUAUCCCUCUCAGUCUUCAUUGCAGUAUCUUCCUAUUUUCCCUACCUUCUGCCGGCUAGCUAAGGGCAGGGACCCAGAAUGACUGUUUUUGCUCCAUCAUAGGACUAUGCACAAGUUAGAUGCUCAGUAAAAAUUUGUUAAAUGACUGAUCUGCUCCAAAAUAACCUUGGUGAACAAUCUGCUCCUGGUCCCCAUCCUCCCUCCCCUCUCCCUUCUGUGUUAGGUGGUUUAUUGUUCUUUGCUUCCAGAGGCUCUGAACUUCUGGUGCGUAUGGAAAGAAUUUGGGGGUUAUAUUGCUUCAUAUAUGAGAAUUUUUGGGGGGAGCAGGGUAGUCCCUCCUCUUUCCUCAACUGCAGGCAGACUUGAGAAGGGGUGAGGCCAGAGUUGAGCUAUUCUUUCAUUAGGUGUAUUGCGCACGCGGUGCGUGAGUAUAGAGGGAGGGCAGAUAAGAGGGGGAUUUCCUAGGGGUUCCCUUUUAGGGGUCUGCCUUGAUUUUCCUUCGUGAGGGGCUAGCCUGGACUUUUAGCUAAAGGGACUUCUCUUCCUCAGUCACUAACUGGUGCAUAAAACCAAAACCCUUUUCUAGGGUUUUCUGUCUAAGAACAUUCUCUUUUUUCUCUAACCCUCUCCCUCUGCCUGAUUCUCCUGUCAGGUUGGCGAAGGGUUAAUUUAGGGGAGGGGGUUGGGAAGGGGGGGAGAGCGGAUGGUGGCCGGGAGGAGCCGUGACAGCCCUGGUAGAAGCCUGAGCUGCGGGCUCCUGGUGAGUGAUUGAGAACGGAGUGAGUGGGCUGAGCUGAGCCAAGCAGAGCAGAGCCUAGGCGAUCUCAGUGUUUCCUUUCUCUCAGGCGCACUGGGAGGUUGGGGAAGCUGCUGCAGAGCCUUCCUCUGGCCCUACAUAUACAGCACUACAGCUCAUCAGCCCAGUUCUUCCUCUUGCUCUAUCUCCUAGACUCGCCAUGCUCAUCCCUGGCCGAGGGCUGUGGUGCUGUCCGUCGUUUCCCAGCAUGCGCCCUCGCUGAGGUGCCCCCUCCUGCGCCCUUGAGCGCUAAGGGCCCCUUGCUAUAAGCUCCCCUUCCCUCCCCCUUCCUUCUCCUACCCAACCUCGCUGCCCCUGGGCACCCAGCCUCGCAGUGAGUUGGGGUGCAGCCCCGGGGGGCCAGGAUGGUGCAAAAAUCCCGCAAUGGGGGAGUCUACCCGGGGCCCAGCGGAGAGAAGAAACUCAAGGUGGGCUUCGUGGGGCUAGAUCCCGGGGCCCCCGAUUCCACCCGGGAUGGGGCGCUGCUUAUCGCUGGCUCGGAGAGCAGCAAACGCGGCAGCAUCCUCAGCAAGCCCCGUUCGGGAGGAUCCGGCACUGGUAAACCGCCGAAGCGCAACGCCUUCUACCGCAAGCUGCAGAAUUUCCUCUACAACGUGCUGGAGAGACCCCGCGGCUGGGCCUUCAUCUAUCACGCCUAUGUGUUCUUGCUAGUCUUCUCCUGCCUGGUGCUGUCAGUCUUCUCCACCAUCAAGGAGUAUGAGAAGAGCUCAGAAGGUGCCCUCUACAUCCUGGAAAUCGUCACCAUUGUGGUUUUUGGAGUGGAGUACUUCGUGAGGAUCUGGGCUGCCGGCUGCUGCUGUCGCUAUCGGGGCUGGAGGGGGAGGCUGAAGUUUGCUCGAAAACCCUUCUGUGUCAUUGACAUCAUGGUGCUGAUAGCUUCAAUUGCUGUGUUGGCUGCGGGAUCCCAGGGCAAUGUGUUUGCCACGUCAGCCCUCCGGAGUUUGAGAUUCUUACAGAUUUUGAGGAUGAUUCGAAUGGAUCGGAGAGGAGGCACCUGGAAACUCCUUGGUUCAGUGGUGUAUGCCCAUAGCAAGGAGCUGGUCACUGCUUGGUAUAUUGGCUUCCUUUGCCUCAUUCUAGCCUCCUUCUUGGUGUACUUGGCAGAGAAAGGCGAGAACGACCACUUUGACACCUAUGCAGAUGCACUCUGGUGGGGAUUGAUUACAUUGACUACCAUCGGAUAUGGUGAUAAGUAUCCCCAAACGUGGAAUGGGAGACUGUUGGCUGCUACUUUCACCCUCAUUGGAGUCUCCUUCUUUGCUCUUCCUGCUGGAAUUUUAGGUUCAGGGUUCGCUCUGAAGGUCCAAGAACAACAUCGUCAGAAGCACUUUGAGAAGAGACGGAAUCCUGCAGCUGGCCUGAUCCAGUCUGCAUGGAGAUUCUAUGCCACCAACCUCUCUCGGACAGAUCUCCACUCGACCUGGCAGUAUUAUGAACGCACUGUCACCGUCCCAAUGUACAGACUGAUCCCACCUCUCAACCAACUGGAACUUCUCCGAAACCUCAAGAGCAAAUCUGGACUCACUUUCAGGAAAGAGCCUCAGCCUGAGCCAUCACCAAGUCAGAAGGUCAGUUUGAAAGAUCGUGUCUUCUCCAGUCCCCGAGGCGUUGGUGCCAAGGGGAAAAGUUCUCCGCAGGCCCAGACUGUCCGGAGGUCACCCAGUGCAGACCAGAGCAUUGAGGACAGCCCAAGCAAAGUGCCCAAGAGUUGGAGUUUUGGGGAUCGAAAUCGAGCUAGGCAAGCAUUCCGGAUCAAAGGUGCAGCAUCAAGGCAGAACUCAGAAGAAGCAAGUCUCCCAGGAGAGGAUAUUGUGGAUGACAACAAAAGCUGCAACUGUGAGUUUGUGACAGAAGAUUUGACUCCAGGCCUGAAAGUCAGCAUCAGGGCAGUGUGUGUCAUGCGCUUCCUGGUUUCCAAGAGGAAGUUUAAAGAGAGCCUGAGGCCCUAUGAUGUAAUGGAUGUCAUUGAACAGUACUCAGCUGGACACCUGGAUAUGCUGUCCCGGAUUAAAAACCUCCAGUCCAGAGUGGACCAGAUCGUUGGAAGAGGGCCAGCAAUUACUGACAAGGAUCGCACGAAGGGGCCAGCAGAAGGGGAGCUACCUGAAGAUCCUAGCAUGAUGGGCCGGCUUGGGAAAGUGGAGAAACAGGUUCUCUCCAUGGAGAAAAAGUUGGACUUCCUGGUCAACAUUUACAUGCAGCGGAUGGGCAUCCCUCCAACAGAAACCGAAGCCUACUUUGGUUCCAAGGAACCAGAACCUGCUCCUCCCUACCAUAGCCCAGAGGAAAGCCGGGAGCACAUUGACAAGAAUGGCUGUAUCAUCAAGAUCAUCCGCUCCACCAGCUCCAUGGGGCAAAAGAAUUUCUCUGCCCCUCCAGCACCGGCCAUGCCUUCUAACACAUGCCCUCCUUCCACUUCAUGGCAGCACCAAGCCUAUCAGCGCCAGAGCCAUGGGUCUUCUCCAGUAGGAGAUAAUGGCUCAUUAGUUCGAAUUCCCCCACCACCAUCCCAUGAGCGGUCCCUGUCCGCCUACAGUGGGGGGAACCGGGCUAGUAUGGAGUUCCUCCGUAAUGAGGACAUGGCUUCAAAGCACCAUGAGAGUGCCUUGAGGGACAGCGACACCUCAAUUUCAAUCCCCUCUGUGGACCAUGAGGAACUGGAGCGCUCCUUCAGUGGCUUUAGCAUUUCCCAGUCCAAGGAGAACUUGGAUGUGCUGAACAGUUGCUAUGCAGCCGUGGCCCCAUGUGCUAAAAUCAGACCCUAUAUUGCAGAAGGGGAGUCAGACACUGAUUCUGACCUUUGCACACCCUGUGGCCCCCCACCACGGUCAGCCACUGGAGAGGGCCCCUUCAGUGACAUGGGCUGGUCAGGCCCUCGAAAAUGAAGCACUUGCCACCCAACCAGCUGUUGGUUCAUGUUGUUCACAUAUUGAACUCUUUUCAAGGGGACUGACCACCAAGGAUUUGUGUUUCAGAAACUUGCCUAGCUCUGGGACACUCUCUAAGGGUCGGGGAGGGUAGGGGAGGGUGGUGAGGAUGGGACAGAGGCUGGCUCAGCAACCCUCUUCCUUGCAGAAGGGUCAUUUGGGUAAUAUAUCAAUAGGAGACUGGAUCAAUUUUGUCCUGUCUUUCUGGGUGCACUAUUUAAGGGAGGGGUGUGAAACUGUGUCUUGAUACAGGGUAGAUGAGUGGAGUUUCUUGGUAUCAGCCAAGCAAGGUUUUAUAAAAAGUCAUUUUAUUACAAGGUAAUAACAAUUGUCCCAUGGGUAGAAGUUUAUUCAUUACCUCUGGGGUUUUCUGCGAUGACAAAGCAAAUACACAAUCCCCACUAUCUUGCAUAACAGGUUUUUGGGCGGUCUUUUUUUUGGACAGAAAUAACUGUCUUUUAAGUGAACUCAACAUUUUUAGUUCAAUAUCCUGCAGUGGGAGAAUGGGGAUGAUGACAUUGGGAUAUAAGGGACCCUUGGAGGUGGCUCUAUAAGUGGAGUGGAUUAGUUAUGGCUUCUGGACUUUUGGUCUGAGAAUUCCUGAAGCUGAAAAAGUGUGAGUGGUUUAAGAAAAUUGGAAGGAAAGGCCAAAGUUGUGAGUUGGUGAUGAUCCAAGAGAGAUCUAAGAAUCUAAAAAAAAAAUGAAAUUAAGAAUUAUAUUUAAACCAUGUAUUAUACUAAAUCCAGAUAACCUCUUUUAUUUUUUUGCUUCAGAAUAGUACAGGUUUGACUAUGUAUUAAUGGGUUACUGAUUUGAGUUUUUCUGAGUACAUCUUACACAUGACCUGUACAGUUUGGCAGCAAAAGGGAGGCAGGAAGACAAGUGGAGAUGGUGAAUUUAGAAGCCUUAUUUUUUUAAACACAGCUUCCCAGGGAGCUAUGGUUUUUAAUGAGGUGAAUGAUGAAUAGUCAGGUAAUUAACUAAUUUUACUAUGGUACCUUUUUGGUCAUAUUUAUGAUUAUACCUGAAAGUGUUUGCCUCUCACUGACCCACUGAAAAAAUGUGUUUCCCUGAUCUUAUAACUCAGAUUCCCUUGAACUCUUUGCCUUGAAGCAGAGAGAUAAUCUCCUUUUCUUGAAUAUAACUUUAUCAAGCUUCCAGUUGACUUCUCUUUCCAUUUGUCUCUUCAUGCCUGAAGCAAUAGUGCUGUAUAUAGUAUACAUAUUCAGGACCCCUACCCAGAGAUGAGGAAAGGUGGAAGCAUCAUUGAGACCGACUUCAUUGGGGACCAAAACAAAGUCACAAAGUGAUCUUUUUACUUUCUUAAUCUCCAUUGGACUCAAUCCCAGGGGAGGGGGUGGGGAGAAGCUGAUAGGGAGAGAGAGAUAUAAUAAUAAUGUCACCAAACUUUCAUGUACUUUCUUAGAAUUGCCCUGUCCUUCAGUCUUCUCAUUUAGCUAAAGUUCUCCAUUCCCAGGACCAUUGGGUCUUCUUAAAAGCUAAAAUUAUGGGUACCUUUGAGUUCUGGCCUAUGACAUUCUCCAAUCAACCCCUUUAGAAGCAUGCAGAUAAUAUAUCAACAGGUAAGAGUUCAGAGGUCAAGAUUUCAAGACCUUUGGGGAAUAAAAUAAAAGUCCCUUUCCCUACAAGGUCACGUUCAACCCUUUGGUGGAGAUUCUCUUCCCAGAGGCUUUUCUAUUUUUCACUAUGCUGACUUGGCAUAGAAACAGAUAGAUAAUGGCCAAGUUUGGGCUUUGGCUCAAUUGGUUACAACAUGAAUUGGAUAUAAUAGGACAUUUCUGAAUGUGGAGGCAUAGAGCUCUCUGAGGAAUAUCAGGACAAUCCUGUGUUUAUAACCAAAUUUGUGUUUUAGUUUAGUUAGUGACCAUCCUUAUAAUUUGUUAUGAUAAUGUGGCUGAGCAAGGUAACCAGCCUGCACCAUGUUUGGGAAAUUUCUUCUACAUUCUACAGAGUAGGUCCCAAAGGACAGCCUCUAUAUCUGAUUCAAGGGACAAUCUCUUGGUAAUUUGGCACUUAUUGUAAGGACAGUGGGCCAGUCUUGUCCUUUUAUGUCUCCCAUUGAGAUUUAGAGAGGACUUCAUGACAUUAACAGAUGUAACAUGAUAAGCAACACAGGAAGCCCUUUAAAGGAUCAGAAGCUCCUUGAUCCUUAUCCUUUCUCUCCCAGUGAAAUAGAAUCUCCCUGAUUCUCCUCUUUACAGUGACCUAGCUUUACUACAUAGUGAAUAAACUAGAUAAGAAAGCCAACUCAGUGGGAACUCUUUUUAAUAUUUUGUCUUGAACUUGAAAACAAAACAAAAUGCAGAUGAUCAGAGGAAAGAUCAACCUUUCUCUUCUUUCUCUUCUCUCUCAGUACAUAGGGAAGAACACACAGUUAUGAUUUCUUCUUUUGGUUUGGUAAAAGACUGGCCAGAUCAGGGUAUUUCUUUGUUGUUGGUUCUGCAACAUGAAAUAGAGACAUUUGAUCUUUGAUAUACCUAUGAUCUCAUUGAUGUGGGUACUCUAUACAACAAUACAGAUCAUGGCUCUUCCCUGCCUGCCUAUCCUAUGUAACUCUUGCCCAUGUCCUUCUAGAAAUCUGCCAUGGAGCAGGGAGCACCAGUUCACUAGAGGCUUCCUCUAGGUCUUCUGAUAGCCAUGGUGUUGGAUGGUCACCAAGCUCUUGGACCGUGCAUCAGUUCUCCCUUCCUCUGGGUGACCAGCCCAUCUUCUUUUCCUCCUUCUCUCCUACACACAUAUAUAUCUGGUGAAAUCCUUAUCAUUUAACAUAUAUACCCUAUUUCAUCCUUCAUAAAUGAAAAGAUGCAAUAGCUGAAACAGAAAAAGAUGAAACCCAUUUUAAAUAUUGGGAAAUUUGCCUCAAGCCAAGAAAAAGCCCUUAAGAAUUUCCCUCAAUUUGGUUAACAAAAGACUAUAUAUAUAUAUAUAUAUAUAUAUAUACACACACACACAUAUAUAAAUAUGUAUGUAUGUAUCCAUGUUCUAAAUGUAUUUGGGAACGUCUCUUCUGGAGAUAAUGUUAAUGCCCCUUUGAAAGAGAAAGUUUUAAAGAAAUAUUAUAGAAAACAAUAUUUGACAAAGGCUUCAUAUCCCCUUGAGUGUAUGGGGGGACAUGGUUUAAGAUGAGUGUGGCUGCUGAAGGACCACAAAGACUGGUUAAUAUUGGAUUUAAUAAUCUUGUAUAUUUAAUAUCUCCUGCAGAGACAUACUGUAUCUUUGAGAGACAAUGGAAACUUGGGAUUACACAAAAAUAACUUCCUUCCUCCAUGGGCUAAAACUAUGGAAGUGUUCUGCUUUCUAAUUAUCUGUAUGCCCAGUGGAGCUAAUUUCCUUGUUAAACAUAUUUUAGGCAAUAUAGUAAAAUUUAGACUCCCUCCACCUUCAAAAUAUUUUAGUAAAAUCAGUCUUGAGUUGAACCAGAGCACCUAUCCUGAUGGAGUUUCACAUUAGAGUAUAUAGUGCAUGCUCAUUGCCAGAUAAAAUUUUUAUUUCUAAUUCUAGCUUCUUGCUUCUGGCACAAAAGCAUGUCCUUUGAAAGCAACUCCUGGGGGACAGUUACAUUUCUCUUGUUUUGGAGGAGUAUUGGCAGAAAGGGAUGAUUAAGAAUAGUUCUACCUGAAACAGUAAGUUAUAACUUCUAUAGUUAAGUCUUUAUGCCUGACUCCUUCCUUUACAAUCAAGAAGAAUGGACAGGGUUUGUUCAAUACCCUUUCGGACAAUAACUUGUUCCCAUUCACCAUUUUCUUUUUUGACCAAGUGGAGCUGGUCUACCCAUCUGCUAUGACUACUCUUCAGUUGGUUCUAUGGGACUGUGAGGUAAAUGGAGAUAUUCUUCCCUCCCCACCUCUCCCUUCCCUAACUCAUAUCUAGCCAGAGCACAGCUGUAGGCCUGCCCCUAUGAGCCAUAUGUGCCAAUGAAGUCAUUCCAAUGAUGGGGAUAAUCGUAAAAUGGGCUGCCCCAGGGGUCAGUCUAGUGAGGAAUAUUUGCAGGAGGAACUUAACCCUUGCCACCAAAGUUGGCCACUAAAAACUAUGGUCUUGAGGGUCUGGACCAAAAACUAAAUUUUAUAUCAGCCUUCAAAAUAUCAUAUUCUAUUUCACCAACUCAAGAACCCUCAAGGACCAAUGUACAGAAGCAACAAAUCUACUUCCCUGGGGAAACUCUGAAGGCAGUGUUAGAAAAUUCUCUAUUACACUGUAGCCACCCCCAAGACUCUGUUGGCUACAUUUAGUCAUUACAUUUAAUCAUUAAAUUUAAUCUGAAAGGAUAUUGUUCUUGUCCUUUCAUGGAGCCUUAUGGAGCUGCCCUUGACUUGAGUGAGCAUGGAAUGGUUGUAUCUUCUCUGGCUUUAUCAUCUUCUAAGAAAAUUCUCUCUUGGAUCAAUUAUGACUUGCAUUGACAUCUCCCUGCUCACAUCCUCCCUUAUCAGAGCCACCAUGUGGAAAUUCUUACUAGACUAAAGUAAUUUCUUGCCAGCAGAAUCCUUAAAAUGAAGCAGAAGAUUUUCAUGCAAAUUAUUUUGGGCAAUUAUGAAGACUAUUUAUUCUUUAAGCAUGACAUUUUCCUUAAUCAGCAAAAGCUAUCUGGGAACCAACAGCUUUCUUUAGGUCACAACAACUGGAGUGGGGAUAACACUUCACACUGGGAAUAGAACAGGUGCACCAGCCAGUGUAGACAUCAAUGAAAGCACUUUAACUAGGAUAAAUAUACUCCCAGACAGGGCUUUUUUUGAAUGAUAGAAUUGAUUUAUUAUUUUUUCCAAAGCCUCACAGGAGUAAUUUGAUUUCACUGAAAUUUGUAUUUAAGACCAGAGCAUGUACUAGCCCUGUGACAAUGCAGGAUUUCUUCUGUCUUGUCCUAGGAUAGGCAUUAUUUCUCCCAGAGGUUUCAAAGUAUAAUUAGUAUUUAUAUACAUAACUAUUCUUCCUGGGUGUGUAUCUGUAACCAACAUUUAAUUUGCACACUCUUGCUUGCCUUAGACUCUAGUGGGAGAGAAAUAAUCAGUAUUUUGAACAAUAUUAACCAUUAUAUGUCUUGGCCAGAGCUAAUCACUUGCAGCUAGCUACUAUUCAGUGAUCCAGGGAGAAGAGAAAAAUUUAUUUUACACAUGUGAAUGACUUUUCCAACCUAUAUCACAUACUCUCAAUUUUGCCUGCUUGUGCAUGCUAUUGGAGAUGGGUAGAGAUUACAGCUUUUGACACCUAUGUUUCUUCUUUUGCAGAGCUAUAAAUUUUUUAAAAUGGUAAAUGAAAACAUCGGGUUUAAAUCAUGAUUCCCCUAGUCAUGCAGUGCUCUGACAACUCAAUGACUUUUCUUUAUAUGUAGCAUUGAAGCAACUAGUCUCAGAUGCAUGAUCAAACAAAUAUGGGGUUUUAUUACAUGGAACAAAGUGUAUGACUUUCCUAGUAUGUGUCCAAUGGAAGUAAUUGCUACCCAUACUUCAAUGAAUGAAUGGGGGGCUGUUUUAUCUAAUUUUUAAUCAAAUCUAAUAAUUUUAUCAAAUAAUUUUAUCUAGUCACCACAUUUUAGCAGAUAGAGAAAUGACGUCCAAAAUCUGAGUAGCUGUUUUCACCAAGGACAAACCAAAGGCCUAUGGGUUUAGAUUGAAGCAAGAGGGAACUGAGGUCAAGGUCAGACUGUCAGGGCUGAGACACCCUGAAACAUUUUCGCAAGGGAAGGGUUUGAAGUCUCUGUCCAAGAGGUUUUUAGAAAUCCUUCUGGUAUAGCUAUCUUUGGGGGAUAUUUUUUGAUGCAGUGCUCAUUAGGGCAUACAGAUAGACUGUGGGUAGGAAAAUGAAUUAGAGUCCUCCCAAGCACCCUUUGUGGUAUUACCUAGCAACUCCUUUAUUAAAGUUUAGAUAUUUUGGCUAAAUUACUUCAAAGAUAGGGCCUUGCCUUAGACCAGUAAUGUGAGUGCAUUAGCUCUGCAAUUGUGUCUCCUGCAGAUAUCUGAAAGGAGGGGGAAGUUCAACUUCCAUUCCAGGGGGAGUUGAACUUCUAAUACCAUUUUUUAUGGUACUAUAAGGGUUCCUGCUUUGUCCUCACAUAUACUAAGCACAUGAAAAUGAAUGUGAGUGUGUGAGAGGUCUCGUGUGUGUAUGUGUGUGUGUGCGCGUGCGUGUCUAUGUGGGAAUGUGGAUCUGUUUUUCAGUAAAUGAUUAUUUGUGUCUCUCAGUGUAUGUAUGUAUAGAGGCAAAUGAGACAAAGAUUUUCAGUUCAAAAAGGCAAUGGAGAAGUGUACAAAACAAAAUUAAAGAGAGAGAGCUCUUUGAAUAUGCCAAGUACUCAUGUUAAACCUUUGCUAUGGGAGGAGGGGGAGGCAGCUUAUCCCACUUAGCAUCAUGCGUGAGCAUGUCUCUAAAGCCCUGCUUGAACUCAGACUUGCACCAGGCUUUGAAUAAUGCACAAGUGCUCUGAGUAAGCAUGUGAGCCUCAACAGAGAGGACAAUUGGUGCUUUUGAGUCUUUAGCAUUGUGGUGUCAUUUUAUUCUUCGCAUUUACUGUUUUCAGCCCUUGGUCUAGGCCAUGAGCUAAUAGGAGGAGACUAGAGGCAGACUGGUGCAAGAACUGAUUUGUAGGGAGGUUCCUUAGAAAUCAGAGCCAGAAUACAGCAUUUGUACCCUCUAGGCUGGGUUUGAACAUUUUGCAUUCUGUUUGUAUUCCUGUCCACCAGAGCCUUUGAGCCGUCAUUAUGACACAAGUGACUUAUCACCAAAUAAAUACCUAUAAUCCAUAGAGAACAGAAUUUUAUAUGUAUAUUUAUAAAGGAAAAUCUGUUAAAAAGUGCCCCUCCUUGUGCCUCCUGCAUGUUGCAUCCUAGGCAGCUAUCUAUUUUGCCUGUUUCUCCAUUGUCAGAAAGCAAUUCUUUCAGGCCCUUGGCAAGUAGUGAUUGGAGCUGGUAUCUCUGUUCUCACCAUGAAAUAGCACCUUCUGCAAUUGCCACUCGUGAUCAGUGGGUGAAAAACACUUUUAGGACAACCCGCUUGAAGUCUCAGAAUUCUCUUCUAAACCUCCAAUGCCCCAGUUUGCCUUUCCUUACUGAGACUACGUGUGGACUUCAGUGAGUCUUCUGUGGGAGAGAUGGAACACUGCCAUACUCUUGUCUGAGGCUGGCCUGCCUUUUAUAACUUGUGAAUUUGGACCUCGUUGGUCUAUUCUGUACUUUGUAUUUGUACAUUUAAAAUCCACUCGCCCACUUCUACCCUUGCAUAUGGAACAAAAUAAGCAGAAUUAAAAACCAAGCUGAAACCUAGGAAUUUGAAAUAUUUUAAAAGUGACUUUUCCUGUUCUAUUCAAAUAGAUUGUCUAGUUAUCUACUGAAUAGAUAUAUUAGUAUCAGGCAAAAUAGAUAAAUGAAAAUAGCCAGUGGAAUGACUGGUAAGCUUGGUGAGUUGAUAGUAUGCCAUAUCAUCCCCCAAAGAGCUAACACAAUCUUAGAUUGUUUUAAGAGAGACAGAGUGGUCUGAACAAGGGAGGUAGUUUUCCUGCUUAUAUUUGGCCUCAGACAUUUCAGUCUUGGCAUCACAUUUUGGGAAAGGACAUUGAUAAGCUGAAAUGGAUCAGAGGAGGGUAAUGAGAGUGGUGAAUGGAUUCCAAACUAUGCUAUAUGAGCAUCAAUUGGAGGAAUUAGGGAUGUUUAAACUAGGAAAGAGAAGACUUAAGAGGGAUAUCCUAGCUCUUUCCAAGUACUUGAAAUGUAGUUGGAGAGUGGAAGGCUUGGAAUAGUUCUUCAUGACCCCAGAAGAGAGAACUAGAAGCAAUGGGUGGCAUUUUGAACAUACAAGAAAACACUGCCUAGCAAAAAGUGGAUUGAGUCAUACCACAAGUGAGUUCCUCUUCUCUGGAGGUCUUCAAGCAGAGACUAGAAAACCACUUGUUGGGGAUGCUGUAGAGGGAUAUCUGCCUGGGUAUCGGUUGGACACUGUCUCAGGGAAAGAGACCCCUUUCCAACUGUGAGGUUCUGUGAUUUCCUGAUUCUGUGACUACUGAACUGAGAUCCUUAUGCUGAAUGGGUACCCUACCAAAUGAAGGCAUCAGAGUGGAAAGUUCCUAUCUGCCACAUCUGCCCAUUUACCCUUUGCUGCUGGAACCCUUCCCCCAGAGCAGAAUUUUUUGUUACUAAAAUAGUAGAUAUUUCUUAGCUAUGUAAACCACUCCCUUCAUCCUCCAUUCCUCCCCCACAACCUGCUUGGAGCUCAAAGCUCACGUUUGAUGAGUCAGUAUUCAUUUCAGAGUAGCAUUGCCUUACCCUUCCUAAUUACCAGUGGGGCCAUCAUUCUCUAAUUGGGUCAGGCUGUCAUUCAGAGAAAUUGUAUAAGUGUAAGUGUGUGAAGGAGGUUCAGUAGAAAUCCGUUUCUUGGGCAUGUAUGUGUGCGAAUGUUUAGACAGGCCUAAGCUAUAGGCUAACUAAACCAUUUUUAAGAGUAUUGGGGUAUUGUGACUUGAUCUCUGGUAAACUGGAAGCUGUCUGGUAAUAAUAAGCCACAUUAUAUAUGGUAUCAUGACUCCUCCUCUUGUGGAAAUAAAUGCCAGGGGUCAUGUACUUGGAGUUUAAAAUUUUGAUUCUUCUGGGUCAGUCAUAGGCAGUAGUGACCUUCUGGAUCCAGGAGCUCCGGUCAUGUACUAAGUUAGACCCAUAACCUUCUACCUGGGGAAUAGAGCACUGAGAAGUCACUUCUGGACUUUGAAUUGAAUGAAUUCUUAGGAAUUAUUAAUUAUUCCAAUUAUUAACUAGAAGAGGACAGUGGCGGGAGGACCUCAUUCACUUCACGUCCAUUCAUUCAGAGAAACAUUUAAAUAAAAGAGGCUGUGAUUCUCCAGCCCUAAGAACUGAAGCCCAGAUAAGCGACCAUUAAAUUUCAUGAAAGGAUAAAAUGGCUUGGGACUUCAGGGUCAUUCAGUGUUUCAUGUAACAUGUAUAAGUGUGUGCGUGCAAUUCUGUAUGUUCUUGUGUGACUUUGUGCCAAAUGUCUUUAUAAUAUUAUGUGCUGGGUGUGUUUGUGUCUGUGUGACUAUGGGUAUGUGUUGCAUAUAUACAUCUUUGUCUGACUGCAACUGAAUACUGGGUCAGUGUGCAUGUGUGUGUGUGUGACUCCUCGGUGUGUUUAUGUCCAUGUAACCAUUUACCAUGUAUGUUUGUGUCUACAUAUGACUGUGUGUCUAUGUAUGCUGAACGUGUUUUAUGUAUGUUACAUUAGUGAAUGUGAGUUUGCCCAUGGGUGACUGAGUAGUCUGUUGGUGUGUGACUGUGCUAGGCGUGUAACUGUAUGUAUUAGGCAUGUAUUUGUGUCUAUGUGUGCUGAGUGUGUUUUCGUGUGACUGCAUCUGUAUCUCUGGGCUACUGUGACCUCUGAGAGUCAAUGGGUGACUGGGUGUCUGAAUGGGUUCGUGUCCACAGAUGACUAUCUGGAUUUGUUUGCAGUUGUGUAUUUGUACAUGUGCCAACCCAACUAUAUACUGAUCAGAUGAGGAAGGAAACUGUCCAUCCAAACCCUUUGUCAGGCUCCUUCUUGGCCUCCCCACUGCCUCUGCCAGUUUCUUGACCCUUUUACAGGCUCUUGUUUUUAACCAUCUGACGGCCCAUCAACACAGAAUUGUCUCCUUAGGUCUCCUGCACAUAAUAAUUCGAGAGAAAUAAAAGAAAAAUGAGAAGCCUUUCUUCUGGGUUCCUGAAUGUAUAGAUUCAUGGUAGUAACAGGAAAUAAAUGCCCAGGACAACCUAAUACGUUGAAAUAGCAUAUCAGCAAGUGCAUCUUAAAGUUAUAAGAAAUGAGGCUGAGUGUGUUGAGGGGACUCAGGGAUCAGAGGGGUCUGAGCAAAUUGGGGGAAAUCUGGAAGGAGGUAGUUUUAAGCUGGGUGUUGUAGGAGGUGAUUGACGUAAAUGGGUCUUAGCAGGUUCUGUUCGCUCACCAUGAGACGUCAGAACCAGCCCCUACACAUCCAGAGAUGCUUCAUUCUUGUCUUUUGAAUGAAGUAUUCCUAUGACUUAGCUUCUCGUGAGUUUGGAGCUAGUAGAGCUAUUCCUGGGAGGAAGCCUCAGGAUGGACAGAACCUAAAUGUUGCCCUCAGACUGGUCCAAAGUAGAUAGGAAUCAGUGGUCUCAAGGACCUGACCCAUGGUUUGGCUUAGCAAGUAUGUGCCAAAGGAAAUCACAAAAGUCUCCAGGACGUUGAAGUCACCUUUUAAAAAAUAAUCACAAAAGUGGGAUUUAGAGGUGGGGAGUAGAUAGAGAUUGCUCAGUAAGGCCCAUAGAAACUCUCCCCCUGUCCCUAGCUUGGGGCUUGGCCUUCUUCAUUCAGGGGAGGGAACUUUGGGCUUAUCCAAUCCUGCCAGUGAGUAUAAGUGAUUCCAAGGAGUCCUAGGAUACCACAAGGGAAGAAUUCUUCUUUUGAGGCCCUGAGGAGGUGUGCAUGCCAUGUAACAAAAAUCCCUCAGUCCUGGGGAGAAGAGAAACUAUUUUGAAGUUGCCAAGUAUUUAGUGCAUUUCUUUCUACUUUAUAUAAUUUUUCACUGGGCUGUACAGACGUUUGGACAAAUUGCCUUAAUGUGCUUUGGUGGAAACUCCCUCAGCUGCCACCAUUGGGAGACUGGGCAUCAUUGUCUAAGUGGGUCCCUCUGAGCCCCAAAGAGGUCAGAUUUCCCAAAUGCUGUGACUUAUUCACUGGCAGGCUCUGACCAGUGAUCUGGGCCUGCGAUGGGGGAUGUGACAGGGUGGUGGUUAGUGAAGGAAGGCCAAGCCCAGCCAACUGGGGGGCCUGAUGCCUUGGUCCUUAGAAUGGAUCCAGUUCCACAUGAGGAACAAAUAUUCCACUGAGCCAGCCUCUGGUUCCUUUGGAUCUUCUAUCGUGUCUGUGAGUUCACAUUUACUUAAUAAAACCAGAGGCCGAACAGAAUACUGGGCUUGCCCUGUAGUAACUUUAAACCUUUCUGGAUGAACUUAAUCUAUGCGUCAUAAGGCAAUUUUGCUAGUUUUCUCCUCUCUCUUUCUCUGUGUCUCUUACACACACACACACACACACACACACACACACACACGUAUACAUAUGUAUACACUUCAAACAUGCUAUGACACACAUACUCACAUCUAUUUUCAAACACACACAUAUACACUCCCAUACUCACUCUCCCAUUCCCUCAGUCCCAUGUGUACUCCCCAGUGAUCAUUAACAUUUGGUUGUCCUUUGGCUAGCAAAGGUGGCUGCUUUGCUUCCUCUCAUUUGCUCUGUUGCCUUGGCUGUUUUGCACUUUUGUUUGUGCUCCAAAGAAUAUUUCAUAAUGCCUUCGGUACUGACGUACACCUUGAAACAUUUUGUAUGUAUUGGAUGGUUCACACUUCUCUUGUAAAAUAGCGACUAGACUUUUUGUGAAUGUGUUCUUUCCUCUGUAAAUUCCCCUUCUGCCUUUGUGCACUGUACAUUUUAUAGGGGUAGAUGCCCAGGGAAUGAACUCUAGUUUUCUAAUGGAAUAGCAAAGAUAUUAAAUCAUAUGACUCACUGAUUGCCACUAGAACGUGAUGUAGCCCAGACUUUUUUCUCCAUGGACAUUUUCAGCACGAGAGAUCCUGUACAUCCAUGUGGAAGGCUUCAACAUCUUCAUGGAAGUACUUAUGUGGUACUUGGGGAAAUCCUGCCAUGACAGGAAAAGGGGAUGGUUUUAGAUAAGCAUCCAAGUGGACCAUGUGCAUUUUAGUAAAAUGCCAGUGAUUCAACCUGCUAAA